CGCUCGCUUCCAGGAAAAGCACUCUGCCCUUAAGUAUCAUGGCGGUCGGUGGCCAGGGGCACGACGUGUAACAAACGCGACUUUGUUUUGUGAAAGGCCUGACUCGCUCAGGGAUGGCGGAUGGAAAUGAUGAUCCCCCAGCAGAAGUGGAGGAGGAUAGUGAUGAGGAGGACGGAGAGGACGAGGAUGCAGGGCCCGUGGUGGACGACAGUGUCCCGGCAGAGCGCAGCGGCCAUGUAUCCGUCACUGAUGGGUCCCGGAUGUUCGUGUGGGGUGGAUACAAGAAUGCUCCCGUUAGAGGAUUUUACGAUUUCUAUUUGCCAAGAGAUGAAAUCUGGCUUUAUCACAUGGAAAAUGGAACCUGGCAGAGAAUGAAGACCAAAGGCAAUGCCCCUCCCUCUAUGUCAGGCAGCUGUGCAGUUUGUGUGGACAAUGUGCUAUACCUUUUUGGAGGACAUCACGCCCAUGGCAACACCAACAUGCUCUAUAUGUUGAACCUGAACUCCAGAGUCGAUGAUCUCUUCUGGGAGAAGGUAGACUGCAAAGGAACCCCUCCAUCCCCAAAGGACAAGCUUGGUGUGUGGGUUUAUCAGAACAAGCUGCUGUUCUUUGGUGGCUAUGGGUACUAUCGAGAAGAUGCAAUCGGGACAUUUGAGUUUGACGAAACCUCUUUUGUAAAUUCAGGACUUCCGAGAGGCUGGAAUAACCACGUACAUUCUCUGGCCCUAGGCAGUUUCACCUGGAGUCGCAUUAUAACAACGGGUAAAAGCCCCUCCCCACGAGCUGCCCAUGCCUGUGCCACCAUUGGAAACAGGGGUUAUGUUUUUGGUGGCAGAUACAGGGACUCCAGAAUGAACGAUCUAUAUUAUUUGGAUUUUGAUACCUGGGAGUGGCAUGAAGUGAUCACACAAGGCAUCACCCCAGUGGGAAGGUCAUGGCAUUCGCUAACACAAGCGUCACAACAUAGUCUGUUUCUCUUUGGGGGAUUUACUACUGAUAAACAACCUCUGAGUGACACCUGGAUGUACAGUCUAAAGACAAAUGAGUGGAUUCCCUUCCAGAGCUGUCACGCAGAUAAACCAAGGUUAUGGCAUACCGCAUGUGCUAGUAAAGAGGGUGAAAUAUUUGUCUUUGGAGGAUGCGCCAACAAUCUCCUUGCCCAUCACAAAGCGGCCCAUAGUAACGAAGUUCUAGUGUUCUCCGUGCAGCCCAGAUCUCUAGUCAGGCUGUGUCUAGAGACUGUGAUUUCCUACAAAGAGGUCCUGUCCAGCUCCCUGGAUUGUCUCCCCAAACACUUACUUCACCAUGUGCGCCAACGGGCUGCGGGUAUUAACAAUACAUGUGGCUCCUGAGGAACACAUCUGUGCACAGCUGUAUAUAGUACUACUGUUUGUGGCUUAGUAGGUCUCCUUGUUGGUUAAUGGGGACCUUGGUUUAGUGUAAAUAUGUUCAAUAAAUUUGGAAAAUUCAAA